AACAAUAUGUUAAUAUCACAGCUGACUUCACAGUUACUGAAGGCUUCACGAAUUGCAGGCCACCUUUUGCCAAGGUCAGUGUCUUCCUUUCUUUGCUGUCAUUCUACAUCUGUGCACUAUUGCACACAGCCAUCUAACAAGAGUGGAGCCCAACCUCAGCGGUGGUAUGCUCUGGACCCUGAACUGGAAGAGAUGCUGAUCCCCAGAAGACUUUCCAUCAGCCCCUUAGAAAGCUGGCUGACGGUUAGGUACUCCCUUCCUAAAGCAGAAGUCCUUAAUGCUCAGGAAGACGUGGGCUAUGAACCUCUCCAGCAGUAUGACUGUCCCCCAGCUGGUGAGGGAGCUGAUGUGGAGGAAGGAGAAGGAACGCUUAGCAACAAGCUUCAGUGUAAGAAUGUUUUGAAGAUUCGCAGAAGGAAAAUGAACCGGCACAAGUUCAAAAAGCUGCUAAAGCGCAGAAAGUUUGUACGGAGGAGGAUAAAGGAGGGUCGCAAGAAGAAACGUCAGAUAAAAUUUGAGAAUGACUUGGAGCGCAUCUGGAAAAGAGCUGGUUUGAAAAGUCCUCCUGCAGGAUGGCAAACACCCAAGAUAUUUCUGAAAAGUUCAAAGCGAUAAAAAUACUUGUAAUGAGUUUUAACCUGUAACUGUAAUUAAAAAAAUAUUUAAGUA